ACUACGGAUUUGUGUGGCUGAAACGACCUACUUCUUCUUCUUUUUGUGACACUAUUUGUUGACUUUAUUUGCUAUUUCUUACUAAGUCUAGACUUUCUCGGUGACGGGUUUUUUUUCUUCGCACAACCCGACCUGAGUUGUGUGUGUGUGUGUGUGUCCGUGUGCACGCCUGGUGUCGUCCACCAUGGAUUUGGUUUGGAUUGUGGGCUGCCUUGUGAGCUUGUGCGCCUGGUUCGCUUCCUCCGAGCGCCACAGCGUGUUCUGGAACAGCACAAACCCAAAGUUUCUAUGGGACGACUACGCCGUGGAGGUGAGGCUCAACGACUACCUGGACAUCGUGUGCCCGCAUUACCCGCAGGGCGAGGUGCCGCUGCUGGACGCCGAGCGCUACGUGCUCUACAUGGUGGAGCAGGAGGACUACGAGACGUGCAAACCGCAGUCGUACGACCAGAUGCGCUGGGAGUGCGGGCACCCGUUCGCCCCGCACGGGGCCGAGAAGUUCUCCGAAAAGUUCCAGCGGUUUACACCUUUCACUCUUGGGAAGGAGUUCCGCCAGGGUGAAAGCUACUACUAUAUCUCUAAACCUUUGCACCACCACGGACAAGAGUGCCUGCGACUCAGGGUGGACGUCGUAGCGACCGACGGCUCUCAGGAGGCCAGAGUGGCCAAAGGAGGCGCAGGCGGGGCCGCAGUUGGAGCUGGGGGGGGCGUUCACAACCCGUCCAACAGACUGCCGGCAGCAGACGACCCAGUCGUCAGCCUUCCAGAGGUCCAGAAGAGCGUGCGGACCAACUCGGCAGUGACGGCGUCAUCGCUGUCCAUCCUGUCAUUGCUCGUCCCGUUCUCAUUGCUGCUCUUGCUGCACUGAGACUGAGUGAGCAGGCCAGAAGUGCAGUUUUGUUUGAUUUCAGGGAGCACAAUGAAGACAGUCUGUGGGGACGAAACCACUGGACUCCAAAAAAAAAAAAAAAAUGCUCGCCCAGUGCCGGCCACAGGGCGGAGAACAGACGGACUCGCUUGAGAGACACUUCUUUGCUCUGAUCUUUUUUUGGACAACCUGCAGCCUGAAGAACAAUCACAAACUGGACAAAAACUGAAAGGAAUCUAUCACCCCUUUUGAGCCAAAGAUUGAUCUCUCCAUCUUGUACACUAAACCCCCCCCCACCCACCCACCAGUAUCGUGUACUACUUGUGUGUUGUUGUUAUUAUUGUAAUGUGGCAUUGACGUCCUGAGUGAUUUUUUUUGUUUUUUCUAAAUGUAGCAGACAUGGAGGCUGUGGUCAUGGCAACAAGCAUCAAUACAGUAGCACUACACACACCAACACACACAUCAUCAGCUAGAUCCCUUAAAAACCUAUUGUACAUGAUGUGAAGAUAAUUUAUGACAUUUGGGAGGUUUACUGUAUAUAACAACAUGAGUGUGUGCUAUGUGAGAGGCAGAUGUGUGUGUGUGUGUGUGUGACAGUGGGGAGUUGUGUUAAGACAAAAUGUAUUUCUGCCAAAAGCAAACACUGACUUGUGUGUUUUUCACAGAGAGGCUGGCCUCCUCUGUUUGUUGGCUCGCGCCCUCCUGUGUCAGCUGAUGUUUCAGCAUAAAAAAAAAGAAAAUUUGGAUUUGGAUUAUUGAUUUUGAGCUAAGCGGCAACAUCUCCUAACAGGCUGGCGUGAGCGACAAAGCACAACACUAAUGACUACCGUUGUUUUUAAAAAAAAAAAAAAAAAGAAAGAAAAACCUACUUUUUGUACAUGUGUAAGUAAGACAAGUGUAUGAUAUGUAAAUACAUAGAUUAUAUAAAAACACUUUGAUAAAUAUGACUAAUGUGAAAUUUUCAUGUGGAAUAAAAAACAAAUAUUUUCAAAACAUUUUGUGAUUUAUUUGGUUGGGUUACUGUGUUUAAUUAUUAUAUUUUUACUUUUUAUUUUCUUUACAUUUUGACUUUAUUUGAUAUUUUAGGUCUGUCAAAAAUAGCCCGUUAACGGCUAUAAUUGAAUUAAUUAUGUUAAAAUGAACCAUAAUGUUUUUAAUUCAUUAACUGUAUUCUUUUUACAUUUAUGUAUUUAUUAAAUAUAUUUUUUCAAGAAGAUCGGACAUUUUGGAGACCUUAUUUUGAUAGAUUUGAGUAAUCAUUCACUUUGGUUUUGGAGGUGACAAAUGUAAAUCCAUGGCGAAGGUCUGUGAUGGGGGCCUGGGGCCACCUUCCCUUAACGUGACAAGAUUUAUAAUCAGGUUAAUGUGACUUUGGAGCGACUAUAGAAAGGUGGCAAUGUUUACUGUUUGACUGAGGAUUGCCUUUUGCCACUUUAAAGCUG